GUAGCUGGAACUAGGUCUGGGGCUGAUGGGGCCGAUGGGCAGUUGGCUGUAGUCCUGCUAGCCCUCUAAGCCCCCUUGGCUCCUUUCUGUCAGUCUUGAAAGGGCCCCUGUGGCCUUAGGGUUGGUGGCCCCCUUUGUCCCUGGGGGUCCUCAGCCUUCAUGCUCCUCUACCCAGUACCGUCAGCCUGCCAGGACUGGAGAGAAUGGCCCGUGUGUCAAAUUCCAGCGCAGGAUGCUCUUGGCACCUGUUUACGCCCAGUGAGGAGCCAGAUCUCAGCAUUUGGGGGGCAUUUCUUCACACCCCUCCUCAUUCUUCAUGCUCUUCCCCACAGGUCUAAUGGUACCAAGUGACGGGUCGGCUUUACUGUGACUCGGGGACGCCAGAGCUCCUGAGAAGAUGUCAGCAAUACAGGCCGUGUGGCCAUCCGGUACAGAAUGUAUUGCCAAGUACAACUUCCACGGCACCGCCGAGCAAGACCUGCCUUUCUGCAAAGGAGACGUGCUCACCAUUGUGGCCGUCACCAAGGACCCCAACUGGUACAAAGCCAAAAACAAGGUGGGCCGUGAGGGCAUCAUCCCAGCCAACUACGUCCAGAAGCGGGAGGGCGUGAAGGCGGGUACCAAACUCAGCCUCAUGCCUUGGUUUCACGGCAAGAUCACACGGGAGCAGGCUGAGCGGCUUCUGUACCCGCCGGAGACAGGCCUGUUCCUGGUGCGGGAGAGCACCAACUACCCCGGGGACUACACGCUGUGCGUGAGCUGCGACGGCAAGGUGGAGCACUACCGCAUCAUGUACCACGCCAGCAAGCUCAGCAUCGACGAGGAGGUGUACUUUGAGAACCUCAUGCAGCUGGUGGAGCACUACACCUCAGACGCAGAUGGACUCUGUACGCGCCUCAUUAAACCAAAGGUCAUGGAGGGCACGGUGGCAGCCCAGGAUGAGUUCUACCGCAGUGGCUGGGCCCUGAACAUGAAGGAGCUGAAGCUACUGCAGACCAUUGGGAAGGGGGAGUUCGGAGACGUGAUGCUGGGCGAUUACCGAGGGAACAAAGUCGCUGUCAAGUGCAUUAAGAACGACGCCACCGCUCAGGCCUUCCUGGCUGAAGCCUCAGUCAUGACGCAACUGCGGCAUAGCAACCUGGUGCAGCUCCUGGGCGUGAUCGUGGAGGAGAAGGGCGGGCUCUACAUCGUCACUGAGUACAUGGCCAAGGGGAGCCUCGUGGACUACCUGCGGUCUCGGGGUCGGUCAGUGUUGGGCGGAGACUGUCUCCUCAAGUUCUCGCUAGAUGUCUGCGAGGCCAUGGAAUACCUGGAGGGCAACAACUUCGUGCAUCGAGACCUGGCUGCCCGCAACGUGCUGGUGUCUGAGGACAACGUGGCCAAGGUCAGCGACUUUGGUCUCACCAAGGAGGCAUCCAGCACCCAGGACACGGGCAAGCUGCCAGUCAAGUGGACAGCCCCUGAGGCCCUGAGAGAGAAGAAAUUCUCCACUAAGUCUGACGUGUGGAGUUUCGGAAUCCUUCUCUGGGAAAUCUACUCCUUUGGGCGAGUGCCUUAUCCAAGAAUUCCCCUGAAGGACGUCGUCCCUCGGGUGGAGAAGGGCUACAAGAUGGAUGCCCCCGAUGGCUGCCCGCCCGCAGUCUAUGAGGUCAUGAAGAACUGCUGGCACCUGGACGCCGCCAUGCGGCCAUCCUUCCUACAGCUCCGAGAGCAGCUUGAGCACAUCAAAACCCAUGAGCUGCACCUGUGACGGCUGGCCUCCGCCCGGGUCGUGGGCCUGUGGGGACUGAACCUGGAAGAUCAUGGACCUGGUGCCCCUGCUCACUGGGCCCGAGCCUGAACUGAGCCCCAGCGGGCUGGUGGGCCUUUUUCCUGCGUCCCAGCCUGCAUCCCUCUGGCCCUGUCUCUCUUGGACCCACGUGUGGGGCCUGGGGAGCCCACUGAGGGGCCAGGGAGGAAGGAGGCCACGGAGCGGGAGGCAGCGCCCCACCACGUCGGGCUUCCUUGGCCUCCCGCCGCUCGCCUUCUUAAGAGUUUUAUUCCUUUCCUUUUUUGAGAUUUUUUUUCCGUGUGUUUAUUUUUUAUUAUUUUUCAAGAUAAGGAGAAAGAAAGUACCCAGCAAAUGGGCAUUUUACAAGAAGUACGAAUCUUAUUUUUCCUGUCCUGCCCGUGAGGGUGGGGGGGACCGGGCCCCUCUCUAGGGACCCCUCGCCCCAGCCUCAUUCCCCAUUCCGUGUCCCAUGUCCCGUGUCUCCUCGGUCGCCCCGUGUUUGCGCUUGACCAUGUUGCACUGUUUGCAUGCGCCCGAGGCAGACGUCUGUCAGGGGCUUGGAUUUCGUGUGCCGCUGCCACCCGCCCACCCGCCUUGUGAGAUGGAAUCGUAAUAAACCACGCCAUGAGGACACCGCCGCCCGCCUCGGCGCUUCCUCCACCGA